AUGAAAAGAGUUAUGAGGUUUGACAAGAAGGGCAAGUUGAGUCUAAAGUUUAUAGGACCUUAUGAAGUCACAGAGAAGGCAAGAAAGGUCGCUUACAGACUAGCAUUACCCAAUGAGUUGGGUAAGGUCCAUGACGUGUUUCACAUUUCGCAGUUGAAGAGAUAUGUUCCCGAUAAAUAUCAUGUGCUAGAUCCCGAGCCCUUAGACCUUGAUGAGAAUUUAUCUUAUGAAGAGAAGCCUAUCAAGAUCUUAGAUUCUAAGGAGGCAACGUGGGAAACUAAGGAUUCCAUGCGUGAGAAAUACCUACACCUUUUUUCUGAGCUUUUGAUUGGUCGUGUCGAGUCAAUUAUGAUUAUGAAUGCUCGAAACGAAAUAUGUAUGAAUAUUUGGAUAGAGCGAGUAUAA